CUGUUACUGCCAUGAACACACUGAAACUCGAGGGUGACUGGAAUUGAAAAUCAGUGGUAGAACAUGGCUUCAACAGAUGUUUGUUCCCCUGAGGAUGCACUGAAGGCAUUCCUAGAAUACUUGGUUGAUCCAAUGCUGCCAGCAAAACCUUAUUCUAUACGUGACAAUCCUUCACUAUCUCAACAACAAUCAGUUGCAAAACAGGUUCAUUCUGUUGUGUUACUGUACAACUAUUACCACAGAAAACAGCAUCCAGAGCUUGCCUUUCUGCCUUUUGAUGAAUUUUGCAAGUUAGCUGUGGUUCUGAGACCAACUCUAUUAGCACAUAUGAAUUCCAUGCAGAAGCCUGAUGAAACUGAGCUUAUUGAUGAGAAGAAGAAGCUAUCAUUAACAGAGGAGAAGAUCAUGAACGCUUGUGUUGUAUGUAAAUGUUUAGAUGCAUCAAAACCCAGUCCUGAUAUUGAGGGAUUGCCCAUUUCAAAAGUUUCUGUCCUUUUAAUGGACAGUAAGAAGGAGAGCUGCUUCUUGCUGUUUAGUUCAAUCACUGAGGGGGUAUGGUCAGUGGUUGAAAAAGAUGUGAAUAUCCCCAGCCAAUGUUCUGAAGUUACCAGUGGAGCCAAAUAUACAUACAAAAAGAAAAGAUUCAUUAAAAAGCCUACAAACAAUGAGUUAAAUGCUGAUGAAGAUGGAUUUUUGCAAGUUGGGUAUUCUGCUGUAAUGGAAGCUGCAGGUGUCAAUAAGACUGAUAUUAUGCUAUUGGAAAGCUACACUGUGUAUUCUCAAACCAAAGAGAAGACAGCUUCACGCUUUUAUAUAAUGAAGUGCACCAAGUUGAUCAAUCAGGAUUUUAAUCAAGUUCCUAUCAAAGAUAUGCUUGAAAGCUUGCAAGGUCCAUUGGUCAAAAAGAGUUCUAGAAGUUGGACAAUCACUCCAGUUGUUGAGUACUUUCACGUGCUUCCUUAUUCUGAAAUAAUCUCAGGGUGGAUUUCUAGAGAAACGUUCUCAAAUAGUUUGCAAGAUUCAAAGAUGGCAGAGAAAAACCUGAUAGUGAGCAGCCCCAAAGUAACAGAAUCACAUGUAAGUAAUGAGGGCAUGCCUAUUGGCCUUGCGAAUAAGCCAAGCAGUGACACUAUUGAAAUUGUUAAUAAAAAAGAGAACAAUGGAAGUUGUACAGUUACAUGGUCUGAUUCUAUCAAGGAAGUCCAAGAUAUGGAUGUGGACAACUCUCUAGUUUCUCCAUCUAAAAAUGAAGAAGAAUGCCUACUUAUUGCUGAUACUUUACAAGUCAGUGAAGAUCAAGAAGUAGAAAAUCCAUCUAUGCAACAUUACUCUAAUCAAUCUAAAAGCCCUAUCAAGGAUGAGAAUGUUGAUUCAACUAGGAUGCUCAUCACUGAGGGUGGAGUAAAAAAUCAAUCUACUUGUGAAAAUAUUUGUACCAAAACCUCUUUUGAAAACGAUUCCAUGGAAGAACAUGCCUUGAUUGCAAAUAAUUCCAAUUCUGAUCUUGAAAAGCUCCAAACUCUUAUAGCUUCAAAAGGGAAGGCACUGACACAAACUGCACUCAAUGCUCUUAUACGAAAGAGGAACAUGCUGGCUCUUCAGCAGCGAAUGAUAGAAGAUGAGAUUGCACUGUAUGAUAAAAAAAUUCAGAGAAUGUCAACUAGUGGGGAAGAUGACCUGGAAUUAAUGAUAGAAUCCAUAAUAGAAGGCUGUAAUGAUACUUGCUUAAAAAAUCAAGGAAGGAGGUAUCAACACUUUGAGGAUCAAUGCUUACCUCCAUAUAUUAAGCGGAGAAGAUUGACAGAGGCAGUGCUCAUUAUGCAAAGUCCUUGCCAGGAGCUGGAUGAUAUAUGUCAUGAAAAUAAUUGGCUCCUACCGAUUUAUCGUUUAUCUCAAUCAGAUGGUGGAUUCCAAGCUAAUGUAGCUGUGAAAGGAUUAGACUUCGAGUGUUCGUGUGGGGGUAACCUGUGUUCGUAUCCUCGGGAAGCAAGAGAAUCUGCUGCUGCUCAGAUGUUGGCCAACUUAAAAAGCAUGGCAAAAUUGGACCAGUAAGUUUGGCUCAUCUAUUGGAAGCAUAGAAAUUGUAUGCUUUAUUGGUUUGUUAUCUUCUGUGGUAACGUUCUUGAUCUUGAUUUUUGCUGUAAAGUGAGAAUAUUAAGGAACUUGGAAGUGUUUUACUAUGAUUAAUUUGUCAAACAAUGGAUUAGAGUACCUAAAAG